UCAUGUACUUAGCAUUUCUCACAUAACAUAUACUUUCAAUCACAAAUUCUAAAAAUCCAACACAUCAAGCAUGCAUUGAUUUCCCUAGAAAUUAUCUUAUCAGCGCCUACAAAGAUCGCAUCUGGUCUAUGGCAAUGAGAAGGUGGGGAUUCUCAGAGAAUAGGGACAUAAUUAGUGAUCUGCCUCAAAGCCUCAUCGGAGACAUCCUGACUAAACUGCCAAUAAGGGAUGCUGUAAGAACUAGCAUAUUGUCUUCAAGGUGGAGGUAUCAAUGGACAAACAUGACAGAACUGGUAUUUAAUAGUAAAUGCGUGAAUCGACCUUAUACUCUGGAUAAACUUGUAAACUGUAUGAUGCCCUGUCUUUUGCUUCAUGACGGCCAUAUUCACAAGUUCAAAUUAUGUAUUCCGCCCAUGGGCAAUUCUCCUGGUAUAGAUCAAUGCUUAUUGUUCCUAUCAAGGAGAGGUAUAAAAGAGUUGGAUCUUCGAGUGGAUAUUGAAGUGUUAGGUCCUCCGGCACCAGGCGAACGCCAGUUGGUACACACAGCUAUAUUUUCUUGUCAGCAAUUAACUAGAUUGACACUUUGUGGGUUGGUUGUGCAACCACCUCCAAACUGCCGAGGGUUUCCAUGUUUGAAGCACCUUUCCCUAGAUCUUUGCACGGUUACUCUCGAGGUUAUUGAAAACCUUAUUUCAGGUUCCCCUUUUCUUGAGAGUUUUGAAAUUGAUUAUAAUGAUGACCAACUAGCUUUGACUGUCAAUGCCCCAAAUCUGAAGCAUCUUACUAUGGCCGGGACCUUUAGAGAUGUAUAUCUGGAGCAUACUCCACUUCUUGUUGUUGUAAGUGUAAACUUCAUUUCACAGGCUUGGGAAGGUGAUGUAUUUAUGAAACUUCCUACUACAUAUAAUGAUCUAAAGUUUAUCAAAGCUAUGGGCGUAAACUUUCAAGAAAUGAAUGAAGCAUCGCUUUUCCAUCACUUGAUUUUGCAUGCCCCCAAUCUGGAAAAACUUCAAAUUAGUGCUGUGCCAAUUGGAUAUCCUCAAGGCAAUGCUGCUGAUUUGGAUGUAUGGGACGAAGAAGGCCUUGCAGAUUUCAAGUUCAGAAACCUUAAGUCUGUAAAGAUGUGGGACGUGUCCAAUGAAUAUGACAUAGAAUUUAUCAAAUUUGUGCUUGGACGUUCCCCGGUGCUUCAGAUGAUUAGCAUUUCACUAGAGGAAGAUUGCAUUGGAAAGCUGGGAAUGGUGAACCAAGUGCUCCAUUUUCGACGAGCUUCUCCAGAAGUUGAUAUCGUUUUCUUCGACUAGACAUCAUAUAUGUAUCCCAUACUUUUCCUUCCGCACUAUGUUCCUGGACCACAGCUGCUUUGUUUAGAUUUUAAAGUACAAGUACUUUGUAAGGGGCUUUGAUGAAAAUGUUUCCUAAUUUACUCUGUCA